CCGAGCCGGCUGCGGCUGUUCAUUUCGUCAGUUGGAUUUCAGAACAUCGAACGGGCGGGCGUGUGUAGGAUGGAUAGCUAAAGAUACCUCAGUUUUUUUUUCAUCCCGUCUUCUUACAGUGUUUGUUUAAUACCUUCCGGCACACUAUCCGUGAAUCCUUCUCGACGGCGGUGCUUUUAAAUUAUUUUAGUAUUUUGGCGUUAAUUUUCUAUAUCUUGUCUCAACGCCUUUCCGAUUUCACGUCGAGAAGGUGGCCGCACAAGUUUGAAAGCGGCUAAACAAGAGUACCAACACCCACUCGUUACAUUAUUGUCGCUGUAUCUAAACAUCAAGCAAACAUCAGAAUGGUUAAGAAGAUAUCUGAAGAAAGUGUAGAUAGUGGUGUGGGCCGCUGCAGCAGCCAGUCCGGUAGCGAGCGUGAUUCGGACGGCGGCGGCGCACGCGCUGAGCCCUCCGCGCCCAUGGCUAUCGCCGACAGCGAGGAGCUCCAGCGCCGCAAGGAGGAGGCCCGCAGGAAGCGCCGCAGGAAGAAGCGCUCCGGCAGCUCCGUCGUCACUUCGUGCUUCCAAGACCUGUACAAGCUGACAGGGGAGGUGCUGGGCGAGGGCGCAUACGCGUCGGUGCAGACAUGCGUCAACAUCUACACGGGGCGAGAGUUUGCAGUGAAGAUCAUAGACAAGGUGCCCGGCCACGCCCGCGCCCGGGUGUUCCGCGAGGUGGAGACCUUCCACUACUGCCAGGGACACCCCAACAUCAUCCAGCUCAUUGAAUUCUUUGAGGACACCGACAAGUUCUAUCUUGUCUUUGAAAAGAUCAACGGUGGCCAGCUCCUGUCUCGUAUCCAGGAGCACCAUUAUUUCUCGGAGCCGCAGGCAGCGGAGAUUGUGCGCGAGAUCGCGAACGCGCUGCACUUCCUGCACGGCAAGGGCGUGGCGCACCGCGACCUCAAGCCGGAGAACAUUCUAUGUGUGCACCGCGACAGACUGUGCCCCGUCAAGAUCUGCGACUUCGACCUCGGUAGUGGCAUCAGCUUCACCUCCAGCCUCGCCAGCCCGCUCGCCACGCCGCAGCUCAUGACACCGGUGGGCAGCGCGGAGUUCAUGGCGCCGGAGGUGGUGUCGCUGUUCGCGGGCUCCGCGGCGACGCACUACGACAAGCGCUGCGACUUGUGGUCGCUGGGCGUGAUCGCGUACAUCCUGCUGUGCGGCUACCCGCCCUUCCGCGCCGACUGCGGCAACGACUGCGGCUGGGAGCGCGGCGAGAACUGCCGCGCCUGCCAGGAGCUGCUCUUCACCACCAUACAGGAGGGUAGGUACUCGUUCCCGGAGGAGGAGUGGGCGAACAUAUCGUGGGAGGCGAAGGAGCUGAUCGGGCAGCUGUUGGUGCGUGAGGCGUCGCACCGGCUGAGCGCCGAGCGUGUGCUGCAGCAUCCCUGGCUGCGGCGCGCCGGCCCCGCCGACUGCCGCGCCGCCCCGCCGCUCAACACGCCGCGCAACAUGCAACGUAAUAUGUCGGCUCGCAACCUGUCGAACUUCGCGGAGUCAGCGAUGGCGGUGAACCGCGUGAUCCAGCAGCAUUUCUCCAUGAACUACUCGUACAUGGAGCGUCCGGCGGGCGCGCUGCGCUCCAGCAAGUCCUGCCACCCCAGCCCCGACAUCCUGGAGGACGAGCUGCCGCGCUGCGUCGACGACUGCUGCCCCCCACUGGGCCUCUCGCCGCCCGCGGAGUCGCAGCUGCUGCGUCGCCGUCUGCAGCAGCCCACGGACAAGUCUGUGCAAGUGCACUAACUCCCCCCACGCCGCAGACCCCCGCCACCCCUACCAAUGAUACGCCCUCGACGAUCAUGCUACCGAGCUACAAGUGAAACUUCUACUAGACAGUUCUAUUACCUAGUUUGUGAGCGGAUGAUUCCAAGUAUACCUUGUAACGAGUAGUGUAUUUGUAACUUUAGCUGUAAGCACAUGGCUCGGCUUUAUGCUUAAAGUGUUCGGUUUGGGAUCUGAGGACUCGAAUGUAUGCUAGUGUAGCUGUACCCGCCGAUUUGCCUCAACAUUGUGCGGUUGUGCUACUCGGUCUCCCUGUGACGUCACACCUAGCGAACGAACGUGCGCGUGCGCAUGCCACCGCGUCUGUGUCAGUGUCACAUUCCAUCGAGCGACGCAGUACAAGAUUCGACCCCCACCGCGUUGUACACCCCCCUGUAAUAUAUCGCUUGCGACGCCAACUAAAGAUCCUUGUUAGAACAAAAAAAAAAACUAAUUUCGCACUCGACUUUGUUAAUAAAAAACUUUGAGUACAAUUUAUACCUCUAAAGUCUAUGCAGAGUUCAUUUUUUUAAAUUUUAAUUGUCUGGUGUGAAGUUAGAGUAAAAACGUAAAAAAAAUAUUUGGAGAGUAUAUUUAGGUGGCAAUGAUCUCCUGUUGGUGUUGCAAGCGACCUGAGACAGUUAUCUAAACAGUGGCUGCAACGUCUGUUUAAAAAUGUAGAUCUAGGAAGAUGUGUCGAUCUUGUCGCAGCAUUGUUGAAGCUGAUUUACUAUGUUAUAAUUUGAAAGAAGGGCUAAAAUGUACCUAAUAAUUGCUGUUUUUGUAUUGUUUUGUAGAUUAUUAAUAUUUGUUAAAAUUACUUACUGACAUGGUUCGAAUUCCAGUGGUUUUUAUAUGAUCAGCCAAAUAGUGAUGACUCGUAAAUACCGUUCUGUGAAAAGCAACACUUUUAAAGGGAAUAGUUUGCUGUAAAUGCUUUUCGCUCUGCGUAGUGACGAAAAUAUUAAAUCAGCAAAAAUACUCCUUAUUCAAGUCUACUUUUUGAAUGCUAAUUACAUGAAAUGUUCAAAAAAGCAUUAAUUUGAACGGCGAGUUUCUAGAUGUCUGCUUUCAUGUUACUUUGACUUUCCGGCUUAUAUUUGUCCCAAGUCGAAAGUGAAGUUGCAGUACUUGUGGGCGUUGCGGCCACUGCACCGCGACGGACACGCGACGACGUGACGGUGACGUGACGACGUCGUGACGGCGACGACUCUUGCUAUAAGACACGUCCGAUCGCGACUCUACUGUCAACGGUACUUAGAGCUGUAACAGUUUUAUUUGAGCCUUUUAAAGAUAUAUUUUUAUGGAUAAAUAAAAACGACUGAAUAGUUUUUAUCUAUAUGUAGAUUGUAUUUGUGAGUUUGUUGCGGAGACCGUUGGUCGAUAAAAUCGUAUUAUAUGAAACAUAGUUGUGCUGAACUGUACAUUAUAUUCGAUAACAGAUUAUUUUCAUUUUGUUUUCUCUCCGGAUUUAUGAAAUCCGCUGUACAGAGAGGAGCUUAUUGUGUGAUCGACUUCCGUUCGUGGCCUAUCCUUUUUUUUUUUGUAAAAAAAACGAAUGUGUUAAAUUUUGUUACUUUUCGAUAGCGUGUUCGGAAACUAGUCUGUUAUGUGAUUGUUUUUGCAUUUUUACCAACCAACCACAUCUCAUUAAUUAAGAUUGAAUCGAGCUAAGUUUUAUACGGGAGUCAAGGGAAAUAUGUGACAUUUUGGAUUAAGAAUGGUUCGAGACUACAGUCCGACACAUGUAUAUAUUUAUGUUAAUAUAAAAAAAAAUACUAGGGUAAAAACAUUUGUCUCAUUUAGAAGUAAACAAAAUCUCUGCAGUAGGAUCUACUUCAAAGCAUUUUGAAUCUUUUAAAUUUUAGACUUCACAACACCCAAUGUGUCUUCCAUGGUUUUGUUAUAAAUUUACACUAAAAAAUCCAUCAAAUCAAAUUAAGGCAGAUGUACAUUCUUUUUUCUAAUUCUGUAAUUCAAUGUUUUUAAUCAAUCAAUCUGUAUACAUGUUUUUGAAUGUAAGCAAGAUAUGAUUUGCUUUUUUUCUAGAAUAUAACUUGGUACUUGUGAAGGGGGCACCUGUGGACUGAAUUAAAAAGAAAUGUCAUAUAUUUUGUUCUACUUGAAAAGUGUUGGUUAAGUGUUGCAUGGUGUUCCAUGGAGCUGCCAUAUAAUUGUGAUCAGUUUGAAUACUUUUUGUAAUAACGGAGAAUGAAGUGUUGAGAUAAUGUUAAGUGUAGACCUGCUAGUUUGUAAUCCUGCAUGGAAGUUUGAUUGGAGAGACGCGCAGCGCCACCUAUCUUAGAAUGUUAUAAUUUCUAUUUCCACAAAUUUUAUGUCUUUUUUUUUAUUAUUAUUGUAAUGUUAUUUGUAACCUUUCCGGUGGCUUGAUCCAAUCAAAUUGAAACUUACGCAGUACUUUGUUAAAAUUUUGUUUCGACUAAAUCAUUGAUUUAAAACUCAUUGAAAUACAAAUGUUUGAAUUUCC